AUGGACAACGAGGUCUCCGUGAACAUCAGCGCGAGCCCGGACGCGUGCCUGGCGGCCUGGGAAGCCCGGGAAUUCAUCCCUUUCCUGCCGUUCCUAGAUGAGCACUACACGUACGAGGGCGACACGGACGUCACGGACUACCUCUUCUACUACAGGUGGGCCAAGACUCCGCCGCUGCAGCUCAUCUCGACAAUCAAGCGCGCGCCGCUCCCGGACGGCCGCGCCGGCUUCGAGUUCGCGUCGCUGGAGGGCGCGCCGCUCACCGGGUCCGUCGAGUUCAAGCCGGACGGCGCGGGCACGGUGGCCGAGCUCAAGCUCAAGUGGUCGAUUCCAAAGUUUCUGAAAAGCUUUAUCGGCACGAUUCCGAUCUGGGGCGACGUGAACGACAAGCUCACGGACCUCCUGGACCGCUUCAAGACGCACGUCGAGUCCAAGUGA